UAUUUCUAGCCAUAAAGACCACAAAAAAAAGUCUUCAAAGUGAACUCACCCACUUCUCUCUUUUGAUAGCCUUUCUUCUCAAAAUUCACUCUUUCUAAGCACAAAAACAAUGGCCAUCUUCCUCUUCAUUCUUCUCUGUUUUCUUCCCCUCACCAUGCAAGAGGAGCCCUGCCCUUAUCCUUGCUACCCUCCGCCCACCGGCUCCGGCUCCGCCACCCCCACCACCCCCUCCACGCUACCACCUCCGGCAACCUCUUACUCUCCUCCUCAAGGGUACAACUACCCUACACCGUCAGGGAAUUUACCAAAUUACCCUUCACCACCUUUUGGCAACAAUUAUGGAAACCCUCCUCCUCCUGACCCUAUUUUGCCAUACUUUCCUUUCUACUAUAAAAACCCUCCCCAUAAAACGGACGAGGGAUCAUCGGCAGCUUCAAGGCUUGGAAGAAGAUCAUCAUCAUCAGCAAGGCUCGUUUUGUUUUCGUUUUCGUUUUUCUUGUUGCCACUUGUUUGAGGUAGUAAAAGUAGUUGUUUUGAUGUAAUCUGUGGGUUCUUAUGGGGGAAUUUUGAGAUGUCUUGCCAUUAAAGGAAAGCUUGGCUUGCAAUCUAGUUGCAGAAAUUUGAAGGGUUUCGUGUAAAUUUGUUUGUUCGGCAAUAAAGUUUCAAAUUUUAUUUAA